UCCUUCAUUAAUACUUUUAUUUGUACUCAACUAAAUUAUGAAGUAAAUUAUCACUUUAGUAACAGUAUUUUUACUUAAGUAGGGAUUUUCAGCACUGUUUCCUCUCCUGUGUAAGUCAGUUGGUGAAUAUCUGCCACCUGCUGGUCAAACAUGCAAGUGCAACAAACUGUCGUCAUGAUAAAGCAGGCGAGUCCACCUGACGUCACGCAGGAGAGACAAGAGUAAAGGGAGUUUCAUCAACAGAAUUCAGUUCUUCCAGCAGGACACAGUUUCCAGUUUGAAGGUUCUCCAGUCAGGAAACUCAGUUAAACUCUACAGAUCAACUCUGAAGAAGCAGAAAAGCAGACCAAAGUAGAGAAAGUGAAAGUGUCAUGUCUUCCUCCAGCAGUCUCCUGUCUGAAGAUCAGCUCCAGUGCUCUAUCUGUCUGGAUGUGUUCACUGAUCCAGUCUCGACUCCAUGUGGACACAACUUCUGCAUGGUCUGUCUCAAAGAGUGCUGGGACAGCAGUUCACACUGCCAGUGUCCAGUUUGUAAGACAGAAUUCCCUACAAGACCUGAACUGUCUGUGAACACGUUCAUCUCUGGACUGGCUGCUCAGUUCAAGAAGUCAGUUCAGGUCAAAUCCAGCAGAGCUCCAGAGAAACCUGACAAAUCUCAGGUUCUCUGUGACUACUGUGAAAACAACUGUGCAGCUCUGAAGUCCUGCCUGAUCUGUAUGGCCUCUUACUGCAAGACUCAUCUGGAACCUCAUCAGAGAGUCGCUCUAUUAAAGAAGCACAAACUGAUGGACCCUGUGGAGAACCUGGAGGACUACAUCUGCCAGAAACAUGAGAGACCCCUGGAGCUGUUCUGUAGAGACGACCAGACGAGUGUGUGUCAGUCCUGCACUGAAGGAGACCACAAGACUCACAGCCCUGUUCCUAUAGAGGAGGAGAGUGGAGAGAGGAAGGUGAUAAGCAGUGGUGGACUAAGUACACAAAUCAUGUUCUUCAGUUAAAGUAGAGCCCAAUUU